UACCUCUGUGAUCGAUCCAAUCUUGUUGCUGUUCAAAGAAGAUGCUCGAGACUAGAAUCGAGGCACUGGCUUUCUUUUGUCUGUCACCAACUAUAUUUCGACGUGGCCACAUCUGAUUGGCUCAUCAGGAAAAUUAUAUGAAACCUACCACACUGAAUCACGGAAUGAUCCCCUUCCACUUCCAGCCAAGAGAAGUAAAAUGGGAAAAUAGGGCUUUCUUAGUAAUAAAAAAUCCAAAGCCUUUUGGAUGGAAAUUGGGGCUUUUGUUUUUGUUGAUAUCUCUACAAAAACUCUGUGACGUAACCCAAGUCGAGAACUUUCUCUUACUGAAAGCAAUAGCUACUCGCCAGAGAAGCCGAGACAUGACGGACGGUUACCGGCAUCGGCAGUGGCAGCAGCAGCAGCAGCAGCUGCCUCUUCUCCCAGCCAGUGGCAGUUUAAAACGACCUCGUUCCGACUACAAUCUCCAAUCUUCAGGGUUGCCUUCAAGCCAUGAGAUUCAUAACUAUUAUCCAAGGGAUGAUGAUGAUGAUCACAGCAGGCAUCAGGUUGUGAAGGAUACAAAGACAAUUGGAUCGGCAUAUGACCGAUAUCUGCAAAAUGCGCAAAUUACUUUUUCUUCUGGAGAAGCUAGUGGGUUAAGUGUUGGAUUGGGAAGGGCUAAUGGUAAUGCAAGGACUGAUCUUCCAGUAUUUAACUCUGGUGUCGUGGGCCGUCCUCGGGUUAGUGGUCCUUAUCUGGCACCAAAUGGUCGAGACCUUGUUUUUCGUAGACAGCCUUCAGUGGAUACAAUGGAUAGGCCUGUUCGUGAAACUGUACCUCUACCCCCAGAUGCUUCCAGCACACUAUAUGUUGAGGGACUCCCUCCUGACAGCACAAGGAGGGAAGUAGCUCAUAUCUUUCGCCCUUUUGUAGGAUAUAAGGAAGUUAGACUUGUAAGCAAAGAAUUCAAACAUCGUGGAGAUCCUAUUAUACUUUGUUUCGUUGAUUUUGAAAAUCCAGCCUGUGCAGCAACUGCAUUGAGUGCCUUGCAAGGUUAUAAAUUGGAUGAACAUGACCGUGAAUCUAACUACUUGAGGCUAGAGUUUUCUCGGUACCCUGGUCCAAGAUCUGGCCAUGGAGGUCGUGGAAGGAGGUGAUCCAUCAACAAAGUUUUGUGAAGAACACCUAUCAGGAAUGCAAAUCAGUUUUCUAGUACUCAUUUAUCCUGCAUUCGAAGAUCUGCAUUUUUUUACUAUAUAUUCAUCCGCAGCUUGCAAUAGAGAUUGCUAUAUCCUGUCCACACGAAUUAUUAGCACAUUAGAUCAAAAAAAUAGUGAAGGGAUAAGGUGUUGCAAAUAUAUCUGAGAUUAAUCAUGCAAACAAACAAAGAUGCUCAGAUUGAUCACUAUAAACGAUCAUGUAGUGCCCAAAUUUUCUGAAAGAAAAAUGAUGUACAAUAAUUUUUAGAAGAUAAGUUCCUUGCAACGUUUUUUAGGAUGCUAAUUUUAGCCUUCA